ACUGUAGACUUCGGUUGUUAAAUCAAGUGUCCCGUAUUGUGCGCGUAAUAUUUUUCAAUCUUUUCCACACCAUUUUCCAUUUUCAUUUUCAACCGCAUUCGAUGUGAUUCGGUUGAAUUCGUCGUGUCAUUCAUUGCCUGUUUGUAUUUUGUUUUUUUUUUGAUGUCAUCAAAUUAUAAAGUCCAUAAAAUAAAUGAAAGAAUCUAUAUCGGGUGUCAUGAAUUUUCCCGAAAACAAAGUUUUACGUCGGUUAUUUCAAGCGUGCAGUGGAUUUCAUUCGAUAAUUUAAUAUAGCAUUUGUUGAAUCGACAUCAAGUCUCGAUCAACUGGAGCGCUGAAUACUUUUCAUCACCUCAAUCAACGGAGAUACGUUUUCGGAAAUGAGAUGAGAUGGCUAGACGUCGGCUGUGUCGGCGAAAAAAAAACGUGGUUUUAUUUUGUUGAUGUCGCCGUUGGCAAACGAUCCCAAAAUAAAUUUCGGUCGUUCGAAUUCAAUAUUUUUGUACGAUGUCGCUUGUUUUAUAUUUAACGAACUGUGAAUGGUUUGAAUAUAUAUGUAUAUAUGUAUGUGUAUCUUGGAUGUGGUGUGAACGUUUAUGUGUUUGUGUAUCUUGCAGUUUUUCUCCGACUUUAUCAACGAUUUUUUCUCGAUAAUCAGUGAUAUAAUGUCUAGUUCCAAACAUUGUAAAUGUUUCCCUUGAAACGCUUCAUUUGUUUGUGGCCAUAAAAGAGAAAUCCAUUCGUAGCAAGAAAUCAUGGGCCAAUAUGUAGUAUGCAAAAUGCUUAGAUAAGUGAUGUUGAACACUUUCAUUAGAUGAAAAACGUAUCGCAUGAAUAAUGAGCGUGCACCAUGCAUACUUGAUGUUUGUUUCUUUUAUUCCGUAUUGAACAUGCAUAUGGUCGUUUGUACAAUGUGAAAAUCAUCACUUGUUCAUCAUUGUUGCUGAUUGUGAGCUCAUCAACGUUCGAACUGGCUGGUUGGCUGACGGCGAGACGACUGCAAUAAAAAAGCUAAACAAAAAAAAAACAUGAACAGCUAUGGCAAUUGUGCAUGCAAUUGAGACCCAUCACAUAUUACAGAUCAGCAUAGCGAUCAUGACUCUUGUAUUUUUUCUCGUGAACAAUUGCAAUUCUUCUUUUUUCGAUUCUGUUGUGUUAUUUCAUUAAGAACUAUGAGGAAGGUUUUUUUUUCUCGGCACACGUUGGAAAGAGAACGACUUACUAAUUAUCAUGAAUACAAAAUCAAAUUGACUUCACUCAUGAGAUUGCAGGCGAAAACAAAAGCAUUCCAUUGUUCACUGAUUCUGUGGAAUUUAUCACUUGAUUGAAAGUUCUGGUUUUUCGACGCAAAGGCUCAUUAGAUUGAUUUGCAUUUGCCACUUGAUCAAUUCUUGAAUUAACUCAGCUGAAAUGUCAUACUCACACAUUUCCUGUAUGAAUCGAGCAAGGGAAGAGAAAGAGCGAUUCUGUAUGUAGCAUCGAUUUGACAUUUUAAACACAUUCAAUUUAUCAGUGGAAAUUUUCGCUGUCAUCGACUUUUUAUACACGCACCCAAUGACAAUAUUGCACAUAGUUUUCUGCUGAGUAGUGAGAUUGUAUGUGUUUAUGUCAGUUUGUGUAUCGGUUUUGGCAUUAGCCUUUGCUCGUUUGAAUGUAUUUAGCUAAGCCAGUAUGAUGUUAAUAGAGAGCAGAUAGAUUUUUACUUAAUGCCACUAUGUGCUCUCUCGUGCACCCGAGCUAUGUACCCGAAACACACUGCAAAACAUCACAUCGCACACAGACUGAACCAAUUCACAUCGAAAGAGAACUAUUACUAAUUAUGCAGUUUAGGUGAACCGAUUUGUUAGAGUCAAUCGUAUUUAGUGUACCGUAAGCAAGCGACAACAACACAUUAUUACGAGAUUUGUGUGACAUUAAAAAAAAAAUCAAGUCAUUUUCAUCGAUGUAUUUAUCAUUCGAUAAUCUAUCAGAGUCGGUGGUCGUUCCGUACACAAGUAUCUGCUAAUUCAUUUGAUGUCUGUUCCCAUUAUUUUACAUUCGGAUGUUGAUACAAAUGAUAAUUUACAUUACAAACUCUUCGUGUUUACCAUCUGAAUAAAUAAAAGUGAUUUUCGCCGGGCUAAAGUCAAUUGUUUAAACAAAUAAAGAAAAACGUUAGCCGAAAAAUAUGUCGAUUCGAUUGAAACAAAUAAGCUGACGUAAUUUCAUUGAGAAAUCCGAAAAAAAACUCGAUGCGAGUACAUUGCUCGUUCGGCCAAAUGUAUUUCUGACAUGUCAAAAUUCUAGUUAAUUUCGGAAUGUUCCCGUAUCGAAACCGAAACAAACCAAUAAAAAAAAACCACGAGCAAUUAGCAAAUCAUGUCAUUGUUUGAGAUUUUAUGGUAAUCAGAAUUCGAAUCGUGUGUUUUAUGUAUAAAGUGAAUUGAACGUGUAUGUCAAGCAGUAUAUCGUAAUUGAUAUCGAUAUGACAAGUGCUGUAAACGUCUAAAUUAGAUAAUUAAGCAAUUCUACUUGCUACUCGAGAUUCGAGAAUUAAGUUCAAACGAAGCAGAACACAAACUGUCUCUCGUACGAGUAUUCGAUGAGUGAAUGAGUGAGGUUGUGUGCGCGUAUACGUGAGACAGAGCAAGACUGACUGUGUGAGUGAGUGAGUGAGUGAGAUACUAAGUGUUUAUCGAUAAUUGAAAACGCAUUGCUUUUAUAUACGAGCAAAUUGAUCGAUAUCGACUAAUAGUGAGAUAGAAAAAAAAAUACGUAAGCAAAGUAACAACAACGAUUCAGAAUAACUGCUAUGAAAAGUAGUCCUACAGAAACAACCAUAAGUGAACAGCAACGAGCAAAAAGGAAAGAAAACAACCGAAGAGAAAGAAAAAGCAACACACACCGAGAGUGCAAUUAACAGUAUCGAAUCAUUUUCAUUCUGCGAACAACGAUUAUUGUCCGUAGAACGUGAUAUUUGUAAUUUAUCAAGUGAUCUCUGAAUCAAGCCAUUGGUGACGACAAUCAACUGUCUACUUUGACGAAAUGCAAAUUGAACUCGUUGCCAGCUUGAAAGAAAGCCCCCUUGUUUUGUCUGUGUGUGCCUUAUAUAUAUAUGAUUAAUGGUGUCGUCUGUGUAUUAACUGGUGAACGCGCACACAUGUGUGAAAAUGCAAGAUUGAGAGAGCGUGAGUGAGUUCGAUUUAUGUAAUUAUUUCGUCUAUUGUAGUUCUCUCUUCGUGAUUAUGACUAUUUUAUGCAUCGUCAAACUGUCUGAGAGAAUUCUUCUCAUGAUUUUCACACAAUCAAUAGAACAAAAAUAGAAAUUGUCUGUCAACAAGGGGAUCGGCAUGAUGACGCAAAAAUUUCUUUUCUCGAUUCAGGCUCAUCGAUCAACAAUUAAUGCUAAAUUUGGCACAACAGUAUAGAGGGCAAAUUGAAAAACACGUGACACAUACAAACACCCAAUACAUAAGCUAAGUGACAAACGACGAAUCGAACGAUUUAUUCCGAGAUCCGAGGGAGACAGAAUAUGAAAAAAUUCGAUAAAAUUACGAAGAAAACUUUUUAUUUCGAUUAAAUGUCAAUCUAAAAACCGAACGAUUUGGUUUUGUUUAUUCGACAUUUUGCAUCUGUGAGUACUCACACUGCGAAAAGAUAGAGAAUUACGAAAGAAACAUCGCGCGCGAGCGCUCGCCGACAAACAUACGAUAAGAAGCGUAUAAACGCGUGCGCAUACAAAAAUACACAAGGAAGUGUGUAUUAAUUUUAAUCGACGAAAAUUAAUUGAAAAAAAAAUAUAAUAAAAAAAAAGCGAAUCGAAUUUGGAAUCGAGAAAGCAAGCAAAUGACCACUAAGAUGACUUCAACAACAAGGUACCGAAUUUUGGCGGCAGUUUCAAUUAUAAUCUGGUUUGGACUUUUAGCCAGCCUAUCGACAGUUACAGCAUCCCCGAACAUACGGCGACGACACAGUGAACCACGUUUGAUCGCCGACGACGAAAAAGACAAAAAAGGAGCGGGUAAGUUAAACUAUUUUCAUGUUCUUUCGGCUGUUUUAUUGUUCAAUCUCGUAUUGUUAGCGAUAAAUUUGCAUAAUGCUCGGAAAACUAUCAACGACGACGCAAGACAACAGCCCAUAUUUAUGGGUGAUAUUAACUUUAUUUCGAUUUACACGAUUAACAUCGCGGUGUGCUCUUUUUUUUUGCUUGGGCACUGCGGUACGGUCGGCUGCCUUUUUCUGCUUCGUUCGCAUGUUGUUUUUUUUUAUUCACAAAUUACAUUUCACUUUACGACCUCAUCAGUACGUUAUAUGAAGUGGCUGAGUUAAAUGCGUUCGAAGCAACACACCGCUAAAUAAAACAAGGUGAAAAUAAUGAGAAAAAAAAGAGUAUAUACUUUGCCGACAGGUUAUCGAUACACGGGAACGAUAAUUGUGUUUGUUGUUGGCAAAUUUGUUCCUUGUUGUUGAUAAUUGUCUUUUAACGAUAUAGUUUUUUUUUUCCUGUGUUAUUUUGCACUCUGCGUGCAUUCAUGAAUGGAAGGUGUGUGUGCGCGCGCGCGCGAGAAGCGGAGUGCAGCAAAGAGAAACAAAAAAUUAACCGUUGAAUGACGGAGAGAAAGAGUUCAUUUCGGUGUGUCGAAUGAUAUGCAAAAUGAAUGCCAUCGAUUGAUUACAAAGAAAGUGUCCAUGUCGCUUUACAUCAAAAAGACCAACCGAGACUGAUUAUUGCGUUUGCGUGUCGAUUAAUGCGGAUUUUUUCUUUACAUCGACACUUUCCACUAACUCACAAUCUGGUCGGUUACACAUGUUGAGGGAGCGAGAGAGAGAGGGAGAGAGAAAAUUGAGCAACAACUACUGUACACAUGUAUUGAUGUUCGUCGCACACACAAUACAUCGCACUUAACACACAACGAGCGUAUCUUAACCAGCGGCGGCGUCGCGCAACGAAGAAAAAAAUCCACUGCAAUUUACCCGAAAAUGGAAGCGAUCAUGAUUUCUGCCCGUUUUGGUUGCAUAUUCGAAGCAGUUUUGCUAAAUUUCUUUCGAGUAUGUUUGUGUGUGUGUGUGCCUGAAAUAGAAGCAUUUCAAAACAGAAUGCGCGCGCAACAGAAAAACGAAGCUAAUAAUAAAAAAAAAACACAAUUCGCUGAUACGAUUAUGGUGCUAAAGAAAACUACAAUCUGUUGUUUUUCUCAAUGAUAAUUUUUGUUUGAUCAGCGUGAUUGAUCGAGAAUGUAUUUUUUUUUUAUCAAAAUGAAGUAGCCAAACGUCUCGAUAUUGUGUUAAGCAAUCAAGUUCACGUUAUUAGGACGAAAACAAAACGCAAACACAUAGAGUAGAGAGAACGAAAAAUGUACACAAAGUAAAGUGAAAAAAGUGACUGCAACUACCACUGAAGUAUGCAGAAAAAAAAGAAGAAGAGAUGAGCAUGGGCUGAGUCAGUCGCUGCAACGCAUCGAGUGAACAAAAGGUAAUCUGAACGUUGGUCAAAAGGUGCGAUGAAAGAUGAGAUGAUUAGCAAAUAACACAUGUUUCAGUUUUUCGAUAUUUUUUUUAACUCAACCCCACUUGUUGCUCACUAUUUAGCCUUAUUCAAAGUCAUUCGAUUAAAAUAUGGAUUUUGUUCAAUGUUUUGAGCCGUUUUCAUCAUUGAACAUCGUUGUUUUCAUGAAAUAUGCAUUCAUAUGUCAAACCAUUUCACCGCAUUGAUUUAUGGCCCUGGUUUAUUUCAUCGGCACGCCACACGGCUACUCAUAGAAAGUACUUCAAUAUGUGGACACACCGUACGUUUAUUGAACCUUUUGUCGGCCGAUUUCAUUGACAGCUCAAGACUACUUUCGUUGAAUACUCCAUAAAAAAAUAACUGAUUAUUAUCUAUGACUCCAAAGGAUUGCCUAUCGAUAAAAUCAACAAAACUAUGCGGUUCUCUCGCCUUAUCGAUAGCGUCGGUAGAGCUGCUUUGCUUCGAUGCUCCAUUUCUUUCACGCUCUCGAUUAACGUUAUCGUAUGCAUUGUUCUUAUUCCACCUUAGUCGACAUGCGUUUGUCUUCUGUUUACCUAGAUCGGAACUAUAUCUUCCCGGCUCGAUUACGAUUUGUGUUCGCGUGCUCGGGAGCGCCCGCUGCGACAAUGACAACACGAACAGCCGUACGUGUAAACGAUUUGUAAAUGUGGGAUCGGUUGCCGCAUUCCCAAUGUUCAUUCUUAACUUUGGCUUUGAUUGUGUUUAUUUUGAAAAAUGUUUAUAACUCACAUUGUCUGAACGAAGAAAAAAAAAACAUUUAGUAGAUAUGAAUACGAAAAUGCACGAAACAGUCGAGCAAUGAGGAGUUAUUGAGUGUGAGCUGAGCGACAGAGCGGGAGAGAUUAAACAUAGAAUGCGAAGGUACGUACAUGUUUACCUAUGUAUAUGUAUGUAUAUCUAUAUACACGGAAUUCGCAUUGUGAAUGGUUCCGUCACGUGUGUACUCUCCUCCGCACAUACAGCCAGUCAAUCGUUUCGUGAUGUGUGCCCAUACUCUCAGCCCACUGUAUAUGGUCAUGUGUGAGUUGUGUGCGCUUGUGUGAUACGCUCCGAAUGCGUUCCGAAGUGAGAGAAAGAAAAGUCCGUGUCGGCUCGCAACAGAGCUUGAGAACCGAACUUGUUUGCUCGAUCGCAUUGUAUGGGGUUGUUUCAAACAUAUCGAAUCAGUUCAUUGAAAGGCACAGCUCCGACUAAGUGUGUACAGAGAGUUUUGUUGGCGUAUGCGCAUCGCAUCCACACAGAUCGAGGAAAAUCUUUUUUAUAUAUACAAACGAUUGAAGAUUUCGUUUCAGUCUCACUUUUGAUCGCGUAUUUUAGCGACGGUGUGUCACAACGAAAAAUAAUAUAAAUGCUACAAUCGUUUUGAAUUUCGUGAAGUGCGUACUUUUAUCUCGUCGCAAGUGAUGCAAGACUAAAUCAUUUUCUUUCACCAUUCAGGACAAUUUUGAAUUUGGUAUUUUUAGAAAUGUGAAAUCGCGUUUAAUUUCGAUUUUUCAAUCAAUCAUAACGUUUAUACAAUUGUUUUUUCUUCGAUAUAUUCAAUGACGUCCGUUUAUGUGAGUUCUUCAAACGAGUGACAACUGAUCGGUUGCUUUGAACUUCUUUUUGGAUAUUUUGUUCGUUUUGGUAUUGUGAAUGAAAAAUAAAAUAGAACGAAACAGUUCGUGGUUGUGGUAUUUUGAGUAUAGAAUUAAGUGUCAAAAAUAAACAGACUGCGCGCGACUGAGACGACAAAAUAGAAAAGAGAAUACUACAACAAAAAGCCUACGUUUAAAUCAAAAUAAUUCUUUUGGUCUUUGGCUAUCACCCAAUAAAGAAAAUAGAAAUAGAAGAAGAAGAAGAAAAAAAACGUAGUACAAAAAAGAAGGAGAAAAACAAUCAGACGAAAACAACAAGAAGUUUUACUUUUCUUUUGACAACAUGAAUGUACCGACAAUGAGAAUCUGCACGUUUUUUAACGUUGCUCAAUUCACUGUGAUAAAUCUAAUGAUUAUUUUGAUAUGUCUGAGCUAUUCACCGACGGAAGCUCGGAAACAGAUGCCAUUAUUGAUUGAUGAUGAUACGCAAAGUCGCUUGAAUCGACCGGAAUGUCUGUUUGGGAAAACGUUGCGUGAACUAGGCUCGAAAUGGUAUGCCGACUUGGGACCACCGUUCGGCGUGAUGUAUUGUAUAAUGUGUGAAUGCGUUCCCGUAACAAAACGACGACGAAUUGUGGCCCGUGUUCAAUGCAGAAACAUAAAAAGCGAAUGUCCAAAACUUGACUGCGAUGAGCCUAUUCAGGUGCCAGGAAAAUGUUGCAAAGUGUGUCCGGGUAAAACAAGCGAUCAACAAGAACUAGCUCAAGAUGUACCAGCGCAGCAAACCCAAGAAGAGGAAGAAAAAAAUAUGAAACAUUUCGGUGCUCUGCUAACCACACGCACAUCGUAUUUCUUGAAUCGUGAGGAAAUUAAAACGCCUUACGUUACCAACAACCCAUUAAAUAUUAUUGCAACCGGUCGUUUUACGUUCCAGAAGAAGAAUUUGUAUUUCUCGUUUUAUAUAUCGGAACGAGCGACCCGUCCACGUGCCAUCCAAUUCAUCGACGAAACUGGUCAUAUUCUCGAAGAAAUCAUUUUGGUUCAAUCGAGCAAUAUAUUCAGCGUGUACCAGAAUGCAACCGGAAAAGUGUGCGGUGUAUGGCGUCGCGUUCCACGCGAAUAUCGACGUCAAUUACGCGACGAACAGAUGAGUAUUGUUCUGUUAUGGGGUGGCAAAACUCAAGCCGAACUAGCGUUGGCUGGCAAGAUUUCCAAGUAUCCAGCGCUGUCGACGGAAUUGUUCACAUCAUUGCUUGAGGCACCGUCCGACAAAGGUGUUGUUUUGAAAGAGUUAAGUGGAGCCGGUGGAACAGCCGUCGUGUCGACAAGCAGUGGCUCCACGUCGUCAAUUCACUUAACAUUAGUUUUAAAUGGUUUGUUCCAUAAUGAAAGUGCUGAUGUUCCACUGAAUAUUCGUCUCGAAAUUGCCGACAAAAAGCAAAAAGUCCUCCAGGAUACGAUCGUUGUGAAAAAAUCCAACUAUGAUUACAAUGUUAUUGAAUUCUCAUCGCCUGUAACAACGCAAGACUUGCGAUCGCUAACUCGUGGUAAAUUGAAUUUGAUUGUUGAAUCACGAAAACGGCCAGAAAUCCGCAUUCAAGGGCCAAUUUUGACGAGGGCUACGUGUGAAGUUUAUCAAACUGUUUUGGCACCAACAUCGACCGAAUCAAAGACGACGAGUAGUGGACUGGCUUGGGCUUAUAUGAAUCGUGACGGAGCUCUUGUUUACAACAUUCACACUGACGACUUAAAACUGCAAGAAAGUCCACUCAUCACAUUAGUUGACGAUAGUGUUAAACGAAAAACUGACUUAGAGGAUCUAACACCAUCUCUAAGUUUCAAUAAUGCCGUUGGAGUUCUUGACAAAUUGGGCCCACGUGUCUUGGAACCAUUGUACGGAAACAAUUUGGCCAUUAAUAUUGCGACGGAAAAUGAACAAAAUUUGAUUCGAGGUCGUUUGAUCGGAAGACAAUUGGCUGAUGCACGUGAUUCAGGCGAACCGAUAAUUUUGAAACGCUUAGAUUCGAAUGCGCCAGCACAUCUCGUCGGUAUGGCAUGGGUGGCAGUUGACAAUGAAUGCACGCUACAUUAUGAAAUCACUUUGAACUCCUACAAUGCCCAACAAGGUCUCGAAUUGUACUUGGAAGAUAAGCCGCUGGAGGCGCCAAAUGCACCAGUUACCACAAAAAUUUUAGAAGAAUUCAAAGGCGAGUAUCUUGAAGGAUUUCUCAUGGGAAUGUCACCGCGUGAAUUAUCAAAACUCGAAUCGGACGUAUGCUAUUUGCAAAUAAAAUCGAAAGAGAGUGGUACACAUUUGUUGAAGGGUAAAUUGAAGUCGGUCAAAAUUCCGAACCAAUGCAUGAUGCCAGGAGUCGAUUCGAACAGAAUCCCAUCGGAUUCGAGCCCCAACGAUCAUACCGAUAACAAUGUGCCGCUCGAUCCAAAAUGUUAUCACUCAGGACGAUUCUAUGAUGAAGGUGAACAAUGGCAAAAUGGAAUGGAAACAUGCAGUAUGUGCGCUUGCAUUUAUGGCCGCGUGAAAUGUGACAAACUUGAAUGCCCUCCAUUGGAGUGCAAAGACGGCGAACUUCGACCAGCACGUAAAGGUGAAUGCUGCCCAUCUUGUUCGUCACUCAAAGAUAUGGGAAUCGACUCGAAUGUAACUCGCGGUUGUCGCUUGGGCGAUCAAUUCCAUCCGGCUGGCUCGUCAUGGUAUCCUUAUCUUCCACCAAAUGGUUUCGAUCGUUGCGCCACUUGCACAUGCAAUCCAAUUACGUUAGAAGUGAAAUGUCCACGCGUUCAAUGUCCACCACUCACAUGCUCCGAGAAAAUUGCAUAUCGUCCAAGUAAAAGUGCUUGUUGCCGAAAGUGUCCAGAGAUAAAAGAAGUGCCAGUUGAAAAGAAGGCACAUGAUCCUGAACUGAUGGGCGAUCAAGGUUCAAAAAGAGGUACAAUCAAGUCAACGGAAGAAAUUUUGGCAAAUGGAGGCUGUAAAAUUGCGACCACAGUCCAUGAAAAUGGCCACGAAUGGCAUCCGAUUCUCCCAUCGCAUGGUGAACAGAAAUGUGUGAAAUGCCGAUGCAAAGAUUCAACUAUAAAAUGCGAUCGUAAGCGUUGUGCACGAUCGGUGUGCAAUAAAAGUGCGGCACGGAAUCGUUUGAAUGCAUUAUUGCCAGGCCAACAUCAAGAAUCAACUGUAGAUGACUGUUGCUCAGCCCAUUGUCGACGCUCCAGACGGCAUCCCAACCAAAAGCAGCGCAUGCAACGAGAACGCAACGAGAGACAACAAAAACCAUCUGGCAAUUCAAAGAGUUGAACGUGCCGCCAUCAAGUCAUCGAUCAUAUUUACUAAGCCAAAUUUUUCAGAAGACAGCAAGCAAUUUUCAAAUUAAAAAUUGAACCAAUCUGAACAAAACUAAAUUACAGGAUUCGCUGUAGAACAAAACAAAAACCAAGUCAAUUCGAUUUAGGCAACAUUUUCAUCAUCUUUUCAUUAAGAGCAUACAUAUGCAACACAAUACAAACAAACAAACAAACAAUUCACUUCACAAAAACUCACACCAAACAAAAACUAUAUUUUUUAGUUGUCCUGUUUUUUUUUUAGCUUAUAGAAGAAAACUACAGUGAGAAACACUUGUGUGUGUUUUUUUUUUCUUGAAAAAAAAAAACGAAAUGCAAUUGGACAAACGAUAUGAACAUAUUGAUGCAUGAUGAUAGUUAUUAUGCUUUAAAAUAAUAAAUAAUUAUUUGAAAAUUUAAUUGAUGUAUUGUGGCCGUUUGCUAAGACCCGACACGAACACACACCCAGUCCCUUUAGCCGAAACUUUUAGUCGAUUUUUUUCAUCUAAAUUAGAUGAUCAAGAUUUUUCAUACGCCGCCUCCUAUGCACUUUAUUUAUUCCAAAAUAUGGACCGGCAAAAAGGAGAUUUUUGUAUUGUGCGCGGUUGCUAGUCCAACGGUUCAGUUUUGAAUAGUGAUAGUGCAUUUUAAGCAGGGCACACGCGCUAAAUAAACCAAGAACAAUAAGCAAUAAGAACAAAUUACACUCUAUUUAACAUCCAUUUUCUUUGUUUUUUGUUUUGCAUUAAAAUUUAAAGCAAGAUAAGAAUGUAUAACUCACACACGUGUAAUAUAGGAUUUUCUAUUUAAAAUAAAAGAAAUGUGUAAGUGUUGGACCAGAAGGGAAAA